UAGCAGAUACUAUCUUUCAUCAGUGGAACUAACACCGCUAUGGCCCUUUGGGUUUAUACAAUUAACAUAUUUCUAGCCGCAUUUGCCACGGCUUUAAUUUUGAUUAAACGACGUUUUUCCUAUUGGAAACGCCGUGAAAUUCCCCAUGAUGAACCACAUUUUCCCGGUGGAAACAUCGAUUGCAGCUCUAAUACCAGUAAAAGUGUUCAACGAAACUACAACAAGUUCAAAACAACUGGGCCAUUUGGUGGCUUUUUCAUCAAUCUCCAUAGAGCUGUUGUCCUUUAUGAUCUUGACUUAAUAAAAGAUGUCCUUGUCAAGGAUUUCCACAAUUUUCCCGAACGCGGUUUGUUCCACAACGAAAAAGAUGACCCACUCAGUGCAAACUUAUUUCGUUUAGACGAAACCAAAUGGAAACAACUACGCAGCCAGCUUUCUCCUUCGUUUUCUGGAAUCAAAAUGAAAGACAUGUUCUUGACGAUUUUGUCGAUUGGUCAAAAGUUGGUUCAAGCCCUCGAUGAUGUUAUUGAUGUUGAAAAUUCCACUGUGGAAAUGAAUGAAAUCAUCGGACGAUAUGUAACGGAUGUAAAUGGAAAUUGUGUCUUUGGAUUGGAUUGCAACAGUCUUAAUGAUAAAAAUGCUGAUUUCUUUCGAACCAUCAAAUCAAUAUCUGGGACGAAACUCCAUUCUAAAAUAGUGAAUUCUUUGAUAUCGAGUUUUCCGAAAUUGGCUCAGAAGUUGCGAAUGCGGGAGACUCACGAAGACUUGAAUGACUUUUUCAUUCGUAUUGUGCGUGAAACCAUUGAAUAUCGUGAAAAGAAUUCGGUCAAACACAAUGACUUUCUGAGUUUGAUGAUCGAGCUGAAAAACAUUGAUGGGGGCUUGAGUAUUGAGCAAAUGUCCGGACAAACGUUUGCGUAUUUUUCUGCUGGUUUUGAAAACUCUACCGCUGCUAUUGUCGUGACAUUGUAUGAACUUGCACUAAAUCAGGAUGUUCAAGAUAAGCUGAGGGAUGAAAUUACAAACCGAAUGGAAAAAUUCCGACAGAAAUUAAGCUUUGAUUGUAUGAUGGAAAUGCGUUAUUUGAAAAAAGUUGUUAAAGAGAGCCUUCGAAAACAUCCUGUUGUUCCGUAUCUUUUGCGUUUAGCUAAAAAUGAUUAUCAAACGUCUCAUCCAAAAUACGUUAUUCCGAGUCAGACGCUUAUAAUAAUUCCCAUUGAAGCAAUUCAAAAUGAUCCGGAUGUGUAUCCUGAACCGGACCAUUUUGAUCCAGAACGGUUUCGAUCCGAAGAAAUUCAUCAACGGAAUAUCGCAGCAUGGUUGCCAUUCGGAGUCGGUCCGAGGCAUUGUAUAGGCUUGAGAUUUGCCAAAAUGCAAAUCUAUGUGGCUCUUAUUCUGUUGAUUAGCAGUUACAGGUUUUAUACAACUUGUGAUUGUGAUAGAACAGCAAAUCCCUUGCCAGUGGAUGGGAAGAAAUCAAGUGGUCAGAUUUAUUUACGUGUGGAACGUAUUUAGAAGUAAACUAUCUACAAUCCACUCUUAUCUAUUUAAUAUGUCUUCUUAGAAGUGUACAUUGAAUAAAAUUAUCUUUUAUUGCAACUCCAAUAAUUCAAUGAUUGAAUGAAUAUUUAUUCAUAAUUGAUAAAUCAAUAAUCAAUAUUUGCAAUCUACAGUUGAUUAUUUAUUUACUGAUACUUAAG